AUGCCAUCGGCGGAUUCAAACGCCGAGGCCCUGCUCAAAGCAGCAGGUCCCGGUGUGUCCAAGCAUAUGAAGGAUCUUCUGAAGAAGAUUGCAACGACAGAAAAUGCUGAAAAAGCGUACUUUCCUAACUACUUAUCUACUUUUACUUUGUUGUUGUAUUUUUUCCGCAUCGGCUCACCAACACAAACACUGAUCGAGCCUUACUUUGUCCUAAUGCUCAUCAGGUUAAACCAAGACGCACUUACUUUAAUCUAUGUUGAACCUCCCUUAAUAUUUAUAUGUAUACUACAAUAUACGUGAAAGAAAACAUUCAGGUUUCAUGCUUUGGAGGUGUAUUCACGCAACCUGAAGUCGGCGCCAGCAAAACCAAAGAGUUGCUUUGACCAUCCGUUGACAGAAAACGAGAUUGAGAUGAAGAAGACGAAGACGGAAAUAGUAAAGAAAAUUGCAACCGACCCAAAAGACGAGGAGGGCAAUCUACUCCGUACUUUGUUUAAUAGAGCAAUAAAGAGUAAAAACGAGUUGUGUCGACGAUGCUAUAGUACAUUCAAAUUCAAAAUUUAGACUUAGAGAAAAUUUUUUGAUUGUACCAUGAGCAGACGGAAAGAUAGAUUGUCUAUCGUUGUUGAAACAACCAUUCAUUGUGCAUUUCUCCAUACUUCUUCUUUAGCAAUUUGCGCACUUCCGAACUUCUGCGAAGAGAAUGAUCUGCUCAACUGGGCCGGUGUAGGAUUUGGUAGUGGAAAAGCGAACUCAGUUAUGAACUCAUUGAGGCAUUUCGCUGCAACAACAGAAGGAUUGAAGAAGGUACGAGUUGUACAACUGUACUCAAUGUUGAUGAAAACAAUAAUGAAGUGGGCCGCCAUUGCUAUUGCAGCAGCUCGUCACAUCAAACGAAAAGCUUUCGACCAAUCUUAGACAUAGACGCCUGUACUACUACUCAUGGAAAUAGAUCUAUCCAACUUACUAGGGGAAGUGCACUCAUUUAUUUACUAGAAUAAGUGUCUUGUACUCUGAAGGCCUACAUGAUUACUAGGUUCGAUUUUGGGGUAAGAUUUGUGGCUCAGAGGCGGACUACUACGUAGCGGAGGGUCAGCUAGAGGCUGCAGGAGAGGAGGACCCAGAAAAUCCGAUGUUUGAGCCUUUGGGAACUGGAGCAAAUACAUUCGCAUACUGGGUAUAGAAGUUAUUCAUCUCUCUACUGUAGUACUCUGAUUUAUUAAAAAAAUAUUUUCUUGUUUCCCCGCUUGAAAUUUAGUAUGAUGUUUCGUCUUGACUAUCACGACUAUGCAUGUGGUUUUCAUUUAAUAUCCACAAAAAUUUGUUCCCGUUGUAGGUGACAAACAGUAUAACAACGCCAUCAUGGGUGCGCCUUCCAGACGUGACGCCAUCUGCAAUUGUUGCCGCUCGGUCUUUGAAGAAAGUAUUUUCGGGAAACUUGGAGGCAAAAGUUGUCUGUAUGACCAGGAACAUGAUCAUGCAUGUAAUGAUGGGUCAAUCAUCUUUCAUCUACUAGUUGUAGGUAGUUGUACACUCACCUGACUGCGUUGAAUCGACAUGUACAAGGUGAGAAUGGAAUCCACACUAUGUAGACGAGCGUCUUCUGGAUUAUCGUGAACAAUGUAGACGUAACUUUGUUACCCACUUCUAUCCCCGGCCCUGUUUCAUAUCUGCCAUGCCCUUUUUCGGCGAGCCAGAAAAAGUCCUCCUAAGAGCGCAGAUCGCACGAAUCACAGCGGAAACAGUGCUCAACGUCCAGGGCUACCUAAGUGUCAGCGAAGAUGACGGCUCAAUCGCAGAGACUGAGGAGUUCGUCUUUCCCUCACAAGACGUGCUCAAACAGCACAGCGGAUGGAUGCAUUGUGCUACACAGAAGAUUUAGUUAUUUAAUGUUGUGGGACUGGAAUUUUUACCUUUACCGGCUUUUCAGUAUGAUCACCAAAAACAUAAUCUUUAUAUUUGCAUUCCCCGCACGGCGCACCUGCGGAUUAUUUUUUUUGCUACACCUCGAAGACGAAGAUGUGGUAAAAAGGAGCUUCGAAAUUCGGAAACUGAAUCUCCUCCUCCAUCACUUUCAUAGGCGUGCCGCACAUCUUGAAGACAGGGCGAUGUUCCUAUUUGGAGAUCGAUGCGGAAGCGGAGCCAGAAGCCUACGAAGCACAGGAAUUGAAGAAAUUGCGAGAUCCCAUGCAGGAUCAGCUUAGAGGAAUUAAUACGAGAGACUGGGCGAUCCGAGCGCACGCUGGCGCGGCGCUCUCAGUCCGAAGUCUCAAAUAUCCAGGAGCUGUCUGCGUCACCAAAGGCUCAGCCUUCUGCAACGUGUACCACGACCUAAGUAGCUUCAGAUGAUAAAAUGUUUGUGAGUCUGCUAUGUAUAAUAUUAAUGAAAUUUCUGAAUUGUUGAUCAUGGAUCGGGAUGUCGUUAUCAAAAAUACCAAGAAUCAAGGUAGUUCGUUUGUCACGUACUUACCUCACCUUUAAACCUUCUCGUCCCAGGUAUGUUGGAUAUGGUUUGAAGCGGGGGCAGGACUUUUUCUACUGUGCACCUCCAGACGUGCAGGACGAGCCAGCAGAUGUUCCGGAAUGCGCGGAGCCAACGCCCGCUGAUGGCCCGCCCGCUCCGCCUGCUGAGGAGUAAUUGUUGGUUACUACCAGCAGCGUCGAUGGGUUAAAUAGUAGAGAAUGGGUGGCCGAUUCCACCUUGGUGUAUCUGAUAGUAGAUUCUUACCGCUCAUUUGUGCUAUAUCAUCAACUUCACCGAAAGACAACGAACCACGAAGGAAGACGCUGGUGGUAAACCUGCUUCUCUGAAAAAUAGACGAGAUACCAUGUUUUACAAGAAGGUCGAGAUAUACAUCUGAAAGCUUAUAUACGGUUGCAGUCGUUCAAAAAUGAGUCGUAAUCAACUGGCUGUAGAUUGAAUCAUCCAGUAUAUAGAAUAUGAAUUUGCUUCGUCUCUAAAUGUUAAUGGAAAAACCGCUUAAUUUUUGUCAUGAUUCUGGAAUUUGUUAAUGCGCUCUUUUGUCAUCCACAGAAAUUAGAAGACAUUCUACAGUAGAGAAUCAAGAUGAAAAACAAAAUGUACGAGCAAAUCGAAAGCUGCAAGAAAUAUACCCUUGGGGCCAACCGCGAUCCACCGUCCGCAAGUGUAAGCCCAGCCGCUACAGGAGAAAAGCAGUCGGCCGAGAACCGACUGUGACGG